GCCCUGUUAGGCCAAGAGACUGUGACUAGCCCAAGGCCAGUGAGUUUUGUGGCUUAGCAAGGCUUUGAACCCUGGUCUCCCACUUCCAACACUAACCACUGUGCCACACUGCCUUUCCAGUUCUCGCUUCAGCCAACCCCCACGGCCAACCUGGACCGGACGGAUGAUGCUGUGUAUGGUGACGUCAUGGACCUGGUGAAGGCUGUCCUGAAGCUGAAGAACGAGGUCAGCAACCACCCACCAGAACGGUACAUCCUGGUUGUGAAGGAUGUGGGCCUCUCCCUUCGGAAGCUCAUCGGGAGCGUGGAUGAAGUCCUCCUGGCUCUGCCUGCCUCUUCACGCACUGAGAUUGAAGGCACCCAGAAGCUCCUCAACAAGGACCUUGCCGAACUGAUCAACAAGAUGCGCUUGGCCCAGCAGAACGCCAUGACGUCCCUGAGCGAUGAGUGCAAGCGGCAGAUGCUGGCCGCCUCGCACACUCUGGCCGUGGACGCCAAGAACCUCCUGGACGCUGUGGACCAAGCCAAGAUGCGAGCCAACCUAGUGAAGGUCUCCUUUGAGUGACCCAGAGGGCUGGCUUCCUUUUUAAAAGAUGAAUGAAUACGUAGCCCCUCCAAGCUUCCCUGCGCUGUCUCCACCUCUGCCCUGCCGCAACACGCUCGUGUCUUUGGUUUCGUCGCGUCUGUCUUCUGAGAACGAAGGAGAAGAGACUCUGGGGGAGAGCCGUCUGCGGGUGAGGCAGGGGAGGGACUUGCCUUCCUCUGCCCCAUAGAUCAUGCUGCUAAGGGGGACACAGGACCCCGGUCCUAGGGGGGGCAGUUCAGACCUGUCAAGAGGUCCUGAGCCUGCACCAGUAGGGUCCCAUGCCUGUAGGUGUGCAGGCGUCACUGUGUACAGUCUGAUUUCUUUGCCAGUAUCUCUGGCGCCAAGGUGUCUCAUUGGUGAAGGGGGUCAAAGGCGAGAAGCAGUGGGGCGACCCAUGAACCUCACUGCCACCCUUCUCCGGAUACGCCAGAGGAAUGGUGGCAGGCCAGGCCACUUCUCCUGAGGGUCCUGAAGACCCAGUCCUGGGAGAAAAAGCUUGCUAGGUCACUUUGGUGAGGGACAUUCCCAAGGUGGCCGUUAGAGGAGGCUGUCUUGUGUCUUUGUACAUUGUAUAGAAACAUUUAUUUAAUGGCCAUGUACGAACUGUAUGCACAACCUCCCACCCUAGGAGGGGAAAAUACCCUCACUUCUCUCUCACGGGCCAAAUUCCUUUGAAUUUGGGGUGGAGUUUGAACACGUCUCCCUCUGAACGAUGGAGAUCCAAAAGGGGCUCUUUUUUAAAAAAUUGAUUUGUCACGAAGGUAUGUACCAACCAACACAUAACAGUGUAAACCACAACAGAACCGCACAUGGCGUGAUUGCUAUGAAAAGCAAAUUGCAGAGAAACAGUCCCAUCUCGUAAAGUUUUAAAGAUGGUUCUGUGUAACCCAGCCUUGUCCUCCCUAUUUAUAUAAUCCAGAAAUGAAGAGCGAUCCUCAUAAAAACUAUUUGAUUUAGCUUUGCCCCAGGCUACACUUCUAAGUAGGGAUGCGGGUGGCACUGUGGGUAAAAGCCUCAGCGCCUAGGGCUUGCCUGAUCGAAAGGUCGGCGGUUCGAAUCCCCGCGGCAGGGUGCACU